CCCGGCCGCAGAGCAGAGUCUUCAUAGAAUCCAUCGAAACUUUGUCGGUGAUUAGUGGCAGAAGUUUCAUCGAAAUGCGCACAUUUGUUUGCCUCGCCCUGGCGACCAUCCUUCUGGUCGCCGGCUCUUCAGCGGCCACAUAUGAUCCUGCGGCCCAACUCCUAGCCGUGGAUGCAGGUGUCCAGGCUCCAGUGGCCGCACGGCAAGUUCGUCAGUUUGGAGGCGGAUUCGGAGGAGGUCCUGGAGGAGGAGGCUUUGGAGGAGGUCCAGGAGGAGGCUUUGGAGGAGGACCAGGAGGCGGCUUCGGCGGUGGUGGCUUUGGAGGUCCAGGAGGCGGCUUUGGAGGAGGCCCAGGAGGUGGCUUCGGAGGCGGUGGCUUCGGAGGACGUCCAGGAGGCGGCUUCGGAGGCGGUGGCUUUGGAGGACCAGGAGGCGGUGGUUUUGGAGGAGGUCCAGGAGGCUUUGGAGGCUUCCGAGGCUAAAAACCAAACCAGCAAUCAUCAUCUGUGACUGACUUAGCUUAACCCACUAGAAAUAGAAUGUGUAAUUAAAGUGCAAUCAAGCAUGUUCUAAUUAAGUUCGAAAUACAUUGGCCUCGAUUCUUUGAUUCACUUAA